AUGUCGCGCUAUGCCGCCGCCGCCGCCGCCCGUCGAUCGCCGCCGCCGUAUGCCGCCGCCGCCGCCGCCGCUGAUCGCCGCCGCCGCCGCGCCAUCGCCGCCGCCGUUAUCGCCGCCGCCGCAGUAAUCGCCGCCGCCCUGCCGCCGCCGCUGUGUAAUCGCCGCCGCCGCCCAGUAUCGCCGCCGCCCGUAUCUAUCGCCGCCCGCGCCGCCGCAGUAAUCGCCGCCGCCGCGUCGAUAAUCGCCGCCGCCGCCGCCGCCGCCGCCGCCGCCGCGCGCGCCGCCGCCGCCGCCAGUAUCGCCGCCGCCGCCGCCGCCGCCGCCGCCAUCGCCGCCGCCGCCGCCGCCGCCGCCGCCGCCGCCCGUCGUCGCCGCCGCCGCCGCCGCCGCCGCCGCCGCCGUCGCCGCCGCCGCAUGGAUCGCCGCCGCCGCCGCGUAAUCGCCGCCGCCGCCGCCGCCGCCGUAAUCGCCGCCGCCCCGAUCGCCGCCGCCGUGAUCGCCGCCGCCGCCGCCGCCGCCGCCGUGAUCGCCGCCGCCGCCGCCGCCGCCGCCGCCGCCGCCGCCGCCAUCGCCGCCGCCGCCGCCGCCAUCGCCGCCGCCGCCGCCGCCGUAAUCGCCGCCGCCGCCGCCGCCGCCGCCGCCGCCGCCGCCGCCGCGUAUCGCCGCGCCGCCGCCGCCGCCGCCGCCGCCGCCGCCGCGUGCCGCCGCCGCCGCCGCCGCCGCCGCCUAUCGCCGCCCGCCGCCGCCGCCGCCGUAUCGCCGCCGCCGCUGUGUAUCGCCGCCGCCGCCGCCGCCGCCGCCGCGCCCGCCGCCGCCGCCGCCGCCGCCGCCGCCGUAAUCGCCGCCGCCGCUAUCGCCGCCGCCGCCGCCGCGUGA